ACUGUUUUUAUAGACAGAAAUUUCUCUAGCAAUAUUUUUUAGUAUAAUUUGAAACAGGUGAAAGUGAUGCAUCAUUAAAAAUUACUUUGUUUGAUAUGCUUGCAGUGUGGAAAAUCAGAAUAAUCUUCAUUUUGACCUCGAAUAUUUUUAUGACCUAUUUUUCACAUCAUUAAAAGGUGUUUGAGAACACUCAUAAAUGUAUGAAAAUAAGAUUUUUGGGCAAAUUAAUAGUAGAUAAAUAACUACUUACACGCCUUUUCUUAAAUGGUCUUCAAAUGAAUAAGUAAUUAUAACUACUUGACUUUGAACCUGAAUGAAUUGCUUUUCUUUUAAUCAAAUUUAACCACAGCUUCUUCCAAUCAUACACUUUGUAAAUGAAGAAAUAAAUUAUCACUGCUUAGCAAUUUUAAGGCAACUUACUUUAAAAUAAAUAGUUUCUGAAUAAAUAUAUCAGUUAUUAGUUAGUGCACUACACUUUUUUGCAGAAAAAUCUCUCUGGACAGAAAUAAUCAUUUUCUCAAACGUCAUUGUCAAUCUUACGUGGCCGAUACAAGCUGGCCAACAUCGAAGUUUUUAGCAAUUUAUGUCAACGUCAUAUUUAAAUAAAUGUAGACCCGUGACACGCAACAUGUACUAGUCUUUGCACAUAUAUGUAAUAUUUCGGAGUAUUACAUAUAUGUCUUUGCACAAAUUUCAUUCUAACCUUGAAAAUUUUAGAGACCAGAAUUCACAUUUGAUUAUUUCAUUGAAGUUUGCUCAAAUUUACUAUAUUUGAAAUGCCUAAGAAAAAAACUGGACAAAGAAAAAAGGCUGAAAAGCAAAAAUUAAGGCAGAAAGAAAUACGAACUGCAAAAGAAAAUAUUCAAUUAGCAGAGCAUCCAUGCAAUAUUUCUAUGGAAUGUGAAAAAUGCAAUCGAAAGCAAAAAAGUCGGGCUUUUUGUUAUUUUUGCCAAAGUGUACAGAGACUUCCUAUUUGUGCUCAAUGUGGAAAAAUGAAAUGUAUGUUGAAAACUGGAGAUUGUGUAAUAAAACAUCCAGGAAUAUAUACAACUGGAAUGGGCAUGGUUGGUGCCAUUUGUGAUUUUUGUGAAGCAUGGGUAUGUCAUGGUAGGAAGUGCCUUCAAUCUCAUGCUUGUACUUGUCCAUUGCAAGAAGCUAUUUGUAUAGAAUGUGAACGUAGUGUCUGGGAUCAUGGUGGAAGGAUAUUUAGAUGUUCAUUUUGUACAAACUUCCUUUGUGAAGAUGAUCAAUUCGAACAUCAAGCAUCUUGUCAAGUUUUGGAAUCUGAAAAUUAUAAGUGUCAAUCUUGUAAUAAGUUAGGACAAUAUUCAUGUCUUAGAUGCAAGACAUGUUAUUGUGAAGAUCAUGUUCGUAGGAAAGGAUUUAAAUAUGAAAAAAACAAAGCUAUUCCAUGUCCCAAAUGUGGAUUUGAAACUUCGCAGACUAAAGAUCUUAGUAUGUCAACUCGUAGUCAUAAAUUUGGUAGACAAGGUCAAGCUUCAUAUGAAGAUUAUGAUGAUUAUAAUGAAGCUACUGGAGGUGAUUAUGAUUAUAAUGAAGCUGCUUGUGGCGACUAUGAUUACGAUUAUGAUGAUGAUGAAGAGUCUGAAGAAUCAUCCGAGGAAGACAGUGAUGAAAAUGAUGAUAAAAAUGAAAAAUAAAUCUGUAAAUUAUAAAA